UGCUCUCUCCGCCCUGGGGAAGCGAAAGCCUCGCCACGCUCUCAAGUGCAUGCUGGGAGUUGGAGUCCCCUUAAAGGCCUCGGGUGGCCGUGAGGUGAGCCGCGUCGCUGGGAGCGACUAGCACGUGGCGGGAAGGGGUGGUGCGCACUAGCUGUGUGUUCCCGAGAGCCGCGGGAGCUUCCCGCCCUCGCGGCUCGCGUCGCGGCGCCUCCCGUCGCGGUGCCCUCCCGACAUGCCCGAGGAGGCGGGCUUCCCGCCGGCCAAGAAAUUCCGGCCGAGCGCCGGGCCUCCGAGCCGCGCCGGGUCCUGCCCUCCCGGGCGGCGUUCGGUGAUGCUGCUGGCAGCGGGCGCCGGCGGAGGAGGUGGAGGCCGGAGGCAGCAGCCGCCCCUGGCCCAGCCCUCGGCCAGCCCGUACCCCGAGGCCGUGGAGCAGCAGCGCCGGAAUCUGCCCAUCUUCCAGGCGCGAGGCCAGCUGUUGGCCCAGCUCCGAAACCUGGACAGCGCCGUCCUUAUCGGGGAAACAGGCUCAGGGAAGACAACACAGAUCCCUCAGUACCUGUACGAAGGGGGGAUUGGCCGCCAGGCCAUCAUUGCUGUGACCCAGCCUCGCCGAGUGGCUGCCAUCUCUCUGGCUACCAGAGUCUCUGAUGAGAAGAGAACAGAACUUGGGAAGCUGGUCGGCUACACAGUGCGCUUCGACGAUGUCACCUCAGAUGACACCAAGAUCAAGUUCCUGACUGAUGGCAUGCUCUUGCGCGAGGCCAUUUCGGACUGCCUGCUCCGGAAGUACAGCUGCAUCAUUUUGGAUGAAGCCCAUGAGCGGACUCUCCACACGGAUGUGCUCUUUGGGGUGGUGAAAGCUGCACAGAAGAGGCGAAAGGAGCUGGGGAAGCUGCCUCUCAAAGUGAUUGUGAUGUCAGCCACAAUGGACGUGGACCUGUUCUCCCAGUACUUCAACGGAGCCCCCGUUCUCUACCUGGAGGGCCGGCAGCACCCGAUCCAGAUUUUCUACACCAAGCAGCCCCAGCACGAUUACCUGCAUGCCGCCCUGGUCUCCGUAUUCCAGAUCCACCAGGAAGCCCCCUCCUCGCAUGACAUCCUGGUGUUCCUCACCGGGCAGGAGGAGAUCGAAGCCAUGAGUAAGACCUGCCGGGACAUCGCCAAGCACCUUCCAGACGGCUGCCCCUCCAUGCUGGUCCUUCCACUGUAUGCCUCCCUGCCCUAUGCCCAGCAGCUGCGCGUCUUCCAGGUGGCCCCAAAGGGUUAUCGCAAAGUGAUCAUUUCAACCAACAUCGCUGAAACCUCCAUAACCAUUACAGGAAUAAAAUAUGUAGUUGACACGGGCAUGGUUAAAGCAAAGAAGUAUAACCCUGACAGUGGGCUGGAGGUGUUGGCUGUGCAGCGGGUAUCAAAGACCCAGGCCUGGCAGCGCACGGGCCGGGCCGGCAGAGAGGACAGCGGCAUCUGUUACCGGCUCUACACAGAGGAUGAGUUUGAGAAGUUUGAGAAGAUGACGGUGCCAGAGAUCCAGAGGUGUAACCUGGCGAGCGUGAUGCUGCAGCUCCUCGCCAUGAAAGUCCCAAACGCGCUCACCUUUGACUUCAUGUCCAAGCCGUCUCCAGAUCACAUCCAGGUGGCCAUCACCCAGCUGGAGCUGCUCGGUGCCCUUGAACACAGGGAUGGCCAGCUCACACUAACUCCAAUGGGAAGAAAGAUGGCGGCUUUCCCACUAGAACCCAAAUUUGCCAAAACCAUCCUCCUGUCCCCCAAAUUCCACUGCACAGAGGAGAUACUGACCAUUGUCGCCCUGCUGUCUGUGGACAGCAUUCUCUACAACCCUCCAUCCCGGCGGGAUGAAGUGCAGAGCGUGCGGAAGAAGUUUGUGUCCAGCGAGGGCGAUCACCUCACCCUGCUCAAUGUCUACCGGACCUUCAAGAACACCGGCGGGAACAAGGAAUGGUGCAAAGAGAACUUUGUCAACAGCAAGAAUAUGAUGCUAGUAGCUGAAGUCAGAGCACAGCUGAGGGACAUCUGCAUAAAGAUGUCCAUGCCAAUCCUGUCCUCCCGGGGGGACACGGAGAGCAUCCGCCGAUGCCUGGCACACAGCCUCUUCAUGAGUACCGCUGAGCUGCAGGUGGACGGGUCCUACGCCACCACGGACACCCACCAGCCGGUGGCCAUCCAUCCCUCGUCCGUGCUCUUCCACUGCAAGCCGGCCUGCGUCGUGUACACGGAGCUGCUCUUCACCAGCAAGUGCUACAUGCGUGACCUGUGCGUCGUGGACGCCGAGUGGCUGUACGAGGCCGCCCCCGACUUCUUCAGGAAGAAGCUGAGGACUGCCAGAAACUGAGCCGCCCUGGUGCCAGAAGCUGGGCCGCAGCCGGCCUCGCUGUGACCUCUAAAUGUUGGCACCUACAGAGGCCACGGUGGUUAUGGGUGGGUCAUGCCUGGCCUCCAGGAGCUUAAGAGCCUCUUUGUCUAAACUCCUCAGACUGAACCACACAGACAUGUAGAGGCCUGGGAGACUUCAAAAUGAUGCUUUGGGUUCUUGGUGGGCAACUUUGGGUGACUUCCUUUACUUCUGAGCCUCAGUUUCCUGAUCUGCCAAGUGGGAGUGAUGAUACUUAAAGGGUCGGAAUCAUGAGGCUCACAGCAAGUGAAAAGAAAGUACCCAGAGCUGUGCGUGCCCAUGAUAAGCCACGGUGGACUGAGUGCCGAGGUGCUUGGUUGGUGUUACUGCUUAUGUACGUGCCGUGGAUCAGGUACAGCAAAACCCCCAAGUCCUGGAGACUGCGGGGGAUGGUCUGGAAGGGGGACCACAAGAGGUCACAGAGCUCCUGACCUUGGAUCUGUUUGAACAUCUAUCUGCAUGAAGUUUUGUAACAGAAAAGAUUAACUUCUGUUUCAACAGGGAGGUGCUGAGCACCUAACCUCACUCCCCAGGGCAGGGAGCUUUCACAGCAAAGAGGCUAAGCACCUGUCCCCACCCUGCUUUCAGGGAAGUUCCUGAGUGAAGGUAUUUGUAUCUUCUGAAGUGGGAAGGCUGAUCUUGUGUGGUGUUGUCCUUCAGUCAUGUCCAAUUCUUUGUGACCCCGUGGACUGCAGCACGGCAGGCUUCCCUGUCCUUCACCAUCUCCUGGAGCUUGCUCAAGCUCACAUCCAUCGACUCGGUGAUGCCAUCCAACCAUC